CUCAUGCUGGAAGCUGACUCUCAGGUACAUGAAAGGCGUACUACGUAGUAUUCUACUAUUCUUAGAGCGAUGAGUAUAAGUACACCCCGCAUUCUCAUGAGAGCUCGCCUGUCUCGACUGCCGCUGCCACUGCCACUGCAACGUUGUAUUGGGAAUCCUCCAAAUUCGACCCAAAGUCCCUCUCCAUUCCUCUCUCUCUGGAACCGAUCCUAUUCCACUCCAAGAUUUGGACAAGAACCCACCCAAGAGAUAUCUCUAGCCAAACCUGCAACCAUGCCAAUCGCUCCGGAUGUUCUGCAGCACUACCUCGCGGACAGCCCUCCGAGCGUGGUCCCGCUCCAGAUCCGUCCCCAUUUCGAAGCAUUGAGUGACCAGGAGAAGCUUUAUGCUCACUACAUUUCCGUCGCAAGCUUUGCCGGAACCCGCGUGGUCCUCCGCCAGGUCUCCCCCGAAUCCGAAGCCCUCUACGAUUUCAUCAUCGCCCUCCACCACGCGUGCGCCGGCGACUGGAUCAAGGCGCAGAAGACCGCUGGACUGAGCGACGACGACCGCAAACACUUCCUCGACUACGCCGCGCAAUUCCUCGGCAACACCGGGAACUUCAAGUCGUUUGGCGACUCGAAGUUCCUGCCUCGCAUCAGCCAGAAGCAGCUCUUUGCCCUGGCGUCGAUAUCGCCGGUGGCCCUGAAACACUAUGCGAAGAUCAAGGAUGCGAUAUUCGGAGCGGAGUCGGAGGAGGUGAUGCAUUUGGGGUAUCCGGAUGGAGGCCAUGUGACGACGUAUUACCCGGACAGCCCAAAUAUCACGAAGGAGGAAAUCACGAUUGUGAGUGAUUUCCUCGAGGGGAAGAAGCUGUUACCGGAGAAUACGCGAUUACGGAAGGUCCAGGAUGGGUUCGAGGCGCUCAUUGCAUCGGAGCAGAAGGAUCCGGCCAAAGGGGAUCGGGAUAUCGAAGAGUCGGAGUGGGUUCUGGAGGGGAAAUUGCAGGGGAAGAAGUUGAGGCUGGUGUAUGGAGACCAUUCGGUCGAGAUGGGGAUGAUUGCAGAAGCAUUGGAGAACGCGCGGAAGAAUGCUCUGAACUCGACCGAGGCGUCGAUGCAUGAGCAGUAUGUCAAGUCAUUCAAGACCGGUUCCCUUGAAGCGUUCAAGGAAAGCCAGCGUUUCUGGAUUCGCGACAAGGGACCAAUGGUAGAGAGCGACAUUGGAUUCGUCGAGACCUACCGAGACCCGCAUGGACAGAAGGGCGAGUGGGAAGGGUUCGUGGCCAUGGUCAACCAGGAACGGACACAGGCGUUCGCAAAGUUGGUGGAAUCCGCACCAAGUCUGAUUCCCAAACUUCCGUGGUCGAAAGACUUCGAGAAGGACAAAUUCCUUGCGCCAGACUUCACGUCAUUAGAGGUCCUUACCUUUGCCGGGAGUGGAAUUCCUGCGGGGAUCAACAUCCCGAACUACGACGAUAUCCGUCAAACGGAAGGCUUCAAGAACGUCUCUUUAGGCAACGUUCUUGGCGCCAAAGCCCCGAACGAGCCGAUCCCUUUCAUCAAGGAAUCGGAUCUCGAUGUCUUCACUCGCUGCCGCGACGCCGCCUUCGAGGUGCAAGUCGGACUUCAUGAGCUCCUCGGCCACGGCUGCGGCAAGCUAUUGCAAGAGACUGCGCCUGGCACCUACAACUUCGACCAUUCCAAUCCGCCCAUCAGCCCACUCACCGGGAAGCCUAUCACCACCUGGUACAAGCCCGGGCAGACGUGGUCGGGCGUCUUCGGCGCGAUUGCCGGCAGCUACGAAGAAUGCCGCGCCGAGUGCGUCGCGAUGGCGCUCUGCUGCGACUUCAACGUCCUCUCGAUCUUCGGCUUUGGCGACGGCAGCAUCGACAUCGACGGACCCGCCGGUGACAUCCUCUACGCGGCGUACCUCACCAUGGCGCGCGCAGGCAUCACGGCGCUCGAGUUUUGGGACCCCAAGAGCAAGAAAUGGGGCCAACCGCACAUGCAAGCGCGGUUCUCCAUCCUGCAAACCUUCCUGAACGCGGGCCCGGAGUUCGCGUCGCUCGACCACACCGCCGCCGACCUCUCAGACCUGACGGUGCGGAUCGAGCGGUCGAAGAUUCUGUCGCACGGGCGACCCGCGGUCGAGAAGUACCUGCAGGAGCUACACGUGUAUAAGAGCACAGCGGACAUCGAGAGUGGGACAAAAAUGUACGAGGGGAUCACGGGGGUGAGCGGGUGGUAUGCGGAGACGGUGCGGCCGGCGGUGCUGAGGAAGAAGACGCCGCGGAAGGUGUUCGUGCAGGCGAACACGGUGGUGGGGCCAGAUGGGAAGGUGGAGUUGCGGGAGUAUGACGCGACGCCGGAGGGGAUGAUUCGCAGUUUUGCGGAGAGGGAGUACAUUUGAUGAGAGGCUGGGGAAGAUGGAAGAGUGCGCGAGCAUUUGCAUAGAAGGCAUCGACAUCGCUUUAUUAACGCCUGGCGUAGGGUAUAGCGAGAACGGAUAAACGAAUACAGCGUAGAAGAUGGGAAGUAGAUAGUAACGAGAUCAUCAUUAAUUAUGAUUCUCCAUCUGACCAUCGGCUCGAAUGGCUGUUGUCCUUCCCUUCAACCUGCAACCUUCCAAGACUGCUUGAUGUUUGUCCUAACUAUUA